UUUUGAUGCAUUCGAUGACGUUGUAUAGCCUAUGCUACUUGAUUACAAUUGUUGAUCAGAGUUAACUGAAUAUAACUAGCUUAUUGAUGUUAUAUGACUAGAUUUCAAAACAUUUCGUUCAUAGAAGAAAUUCCUUUCUGCAUCAUGAACGUGGCUGUAUUUAGCUACUUUAUUUUAUUUUUCUACUGAGUUUUUAUUACUCUAUCAGUCCCUUUAAUACUGUAUUUCGUUUGUGGUCUUUUCCAGACUUCGGUUUUUUGCAGAAAUUCAGCGAGUACAUUGUAGCCUAAGCAGAACACAGCAAUAGCGGCAACAGCCAUAAGGGGCGUUGUUGCCCGGUUGUUUACAAGUGCAGGAUCUUUUCAUCACAUUUAAUGCCGAAUCGUCUAAUUUAAAAUUAAUUUCAUGCCUACAAGUUUUUUUGGUUACUUCUCAAUUGAAAACUGUCUCCUGUUUUGUUUGCUUCGUACAUAAUGUUUUUUCUGGUAGUAUUAUUUUCUUUUAAGUCAAUGGUUGCCGGAUUUUAAAAAAAGGCUGAGUUGAUUGCAAUAGCAAAGGAGAAAGUUUCCCGGCCAAGCGUGAUAGGCUACUAACGUAAAACAUCAUGGCGAAGCAGACGCUUUGCUGGUGCAGUGUUCGUCCAAAACCGUGCUACCGAGCCUCCAGUGUUGUUGUGGGGCAUCCACUUGACACAGUUAAGACUCGUUUACAGGCCGGGAAAGGUUACAGAAACACCUUUCACUGUGUUCUCACCAUCUACCAGAAAGAAAGUGUUUCUGGGUUUUUCAAAGGACUCUCCUUCCCUUUGGCCAGCAUUGCUCUCUAUAACUCGGUGGUGUUUGGCUUCUUCAGCAACACGCAGAGGGUCAUUAGCAAGUUUCGCUAUGGUGAUGGGCAUCACCCCUCCAGUAUACUGGACCUGACACUAGCCAGUAUGAUGACAGGCUUUGUUUCUGUGGGCAUGGGAGCCCCAGUGGACUUGGUGAAAAUCCGGCUGCAAAUGCAGUCUCACCCUGUUCUUGCAGAGAACCUCAACCUUGCUGGGAACGUGCCACUACGUUCAGUGGGAAUCCGGAGUCAGACUGUCUACAGGGGCCCCAUUCACUGUAUUGGCAGCAUCCUACAGAGCGAAGGAGUCCAAGGACUGUACCGAGGGGCAGGGGCCAUGUUGCUGCGGGACAUCCCUGGAUACGCCCUCUACUUCAUCCCCUACACCCUGCUCUGUGAUUGGUUUAAGCCUGACCAAAAUGCCUCCCCUCAUCCUUGCUACAUAUGGCUGGCAGGUGGAUUAGCAGGGUCCAUCUCCUGGGUCACUGCAACCCCAGUUGACGUGGUGAAGAGUCGAUUGCAGGCCGAUGCUUUCCACUGCAGGAAAUACAGAGGGAUAACCCACUGCAUAAUCAGUAGCUAUAAAACAGAGGGUUUGCAUGUUUUCUUCCGUGGGGUGACAGUGAAUGCCAUCCGAGGAUUCCCCAUGAGUGCCACCAUGUUUUUGGGCUAUGAACUCUCUUUGGAUUUCUUUAGGAGUCUCUAGGAGGUCAUCUGCCCUCUGCUACCAUAGGCUCUUAAAGAUUUGACCAGGAAACCCUUAUUUGGAAGUGAGGCACAAGAUAAGCUGCAGGUUUGUGGGGGUCAUUAUUGCUGGUUGAAGAUAUGUAUUGUUACAAGUAUUCACACAUUUCUUACAUUAAGAAAACAAGUUAACAUUACAGUAUGUACUGUAUAUGUUUACAGAAAAGAUGAAAAAAAGUAUGUCUCUGUACACUCAAAAAUCAAGCAAGAUUUCUUCUUUACAUAUAAUUGAAUACAUAACUGCAGUUCUGUUAUAUACAUUGGAUAUAUUUAGCUAACUUAGGAUAUUACUUGAAUGUAAAACAAUGACAACCUAUAAAAUAUGAUACAUUUGAUUCAGUAUCAGUCAGAAUUGCAUUACUAAUAUGGUUAGGCUUUUUUAUAAGUAAUAAUGUAGACAAUUAUUAACAAUUCUAUUAACGCACAUGCAAAUAAUUUAUUCUCUCUGUGCAAUAUCUUAAUUUCAUAUAUUGUGGAACAGGAACAUUCCCAAGAGAAAAUAAAAUGUGUUGACAUGCCUUCUCCUGUCCAGAUUUAUUUGUUUUUCACAUUUCUAAGUGUGUUGUGUACUUCAUGCCAAAGGAAUUUUGCUGUGCAAAAAGAGAGGCCCAGUGCAAUGUGAAACUAUUGCCGUCCUUAGGACUACUUGAAAGUCCAUUGGCCCCAUUUUAAGGAUGUAAACACACCAAUCCACAUGCCCAAAUGACUGACCCGGCCCCCAUUCCACCUGCCAAAAGCAAGCUCUAAAUAACACAGGAUUGAAAAUACCGAUCUCAGCACAUUUUGAAAUACUACUAACCACCUAGUGGCCCCAUUUUAUUUCAGCUAAACUAUGACCCCAUAUCAAAGUACUGCACAGUCUGCUUGUUUGAGGAAAAAUUGGGAGUUCACUGUUUGUUGUGUUACAACACAGUACGGGCAAAAUAUAUCCUGGAAUCAGUGGGAGGGUCAUGAGAUAAGGGGCCCAUGUGUUCUGAACAGUGAGGGGGAGGCAGUGCACAGAGCUUCUGCAAUACCUUCAGUGAGUAUUACAGGUUGUACAUCACCAUGGUUGGUUUUCUUUCACCAUUACAGUCUGGUUUGUGUUCUGUCUUCACAGGCAGGCUUCCUGCCUCUCUUCUACAGAACCUCCAUGGUGUGCCAGCUAUGAUUUGGAAAGUGUCAUUUAGGAUAUGCACCUAUUGUGGAAAAGAAUUUCCUCCUUGAGGACAAAUAAACUAUCUAUCUAUCUA